AUAAGGACAAAAAUGACCCCAACUUUGAAAAUAACGGACUGUUUUGGCCUAAUUCUGCGUUUGAUCGUUAAUACUAACGUCAACUCAUUUAAGUUUUAAUGACUUGAUAUGAAAUUAAGAUACAUAAGCUAAAAAAAGAAAUUAAUUAAAUGAAACCAUAAAGUUAAGCACCAAUCAAUAGAAACUUUUCGGAUUCCUCUAUGCAAGUAUCCCUUUUACAAGCCCUGUUCUAUACAUCUUAGUAUAGAACAGGGCUUAAAUGAGUUGACCGUUAGACCAAAGUUGUCCAUUAAUUUCAAAGUUGGGGCCAUUUGUGUCCUUAUUGUAAGUUGGGGCCAAAAUUGUGUAUUUAUACAAAGUUGGAGCCAUAUUAGAGUAUUUACCCUUUUUUGUUUAAAAGCAAAAGAUUCAACUAAUAAAUUUUAUUUACCCAAAUUAAUUUGCACUCAAGGUUGUCAAACCGGUUUGUGCCAGUGUGCCGGUUUAGCAAGUGGAAUGGUUCGACCGGUGGUACAUACUGGUUUGUGCCAGUUCAUGCCGGUUAAUAUUACAAAUACUCAUAUUUAAGCACGACAUUUAACGUCAAUACCUAAAUAUUUGUACUUGAAUCCAACAAAUAACAUCAACAUUUAACUUUUUAACACAUAAAAUAAAUAAUAAUUUACUUUUUAUCAAAUAAAUUCACUAAUAUAAGAUAAUUUUACUUAGAGAUUCGUAUAUCGAUCAUGCCGGUCAUACCGAUAGUAUCAUACCGGUUUUAUGACCGGUACAGGUUGAACCAGGUUCAACCAAUGGUACAACGGCCGGCGUGACAACCAUGGUUGCACCUCAAAUCAUCUUGGGUGAUAUAAACCCCUUAGAUCUAAUUUUUUGGAAGGAAAAAAGAGAUCUAAUGUUGCACAUGACGUGCUAAAGCAUGAAAGUGUUUCAUUAAGCAUCCCCGUCCGAUUACGGGAAACUUGACUUUUCUAUUCAUUUUCAGCAAGCAGAUUAAAAAACAAACGUCGAUUGGCCACUUACCGGAGGAGAAAGUAGUAAUUACGCCCCCCAGCCCCUCCCCCCUUCCUCAUUAACCUCAAGAAACUACUCUGCAACAUCGCCAUUUCCAAUUCCGCCUAUAAAUUGAAAUCCCUCCACCGUCCCCCAAAACCGCGUCUUUCGAUUUCCCCACUCCGUCAACUGAAUCUCAAAACUUCCCCCCCUUCCCUCGCCGACCCCUCAAAUGGCUACCGACAGCGAGAAUUCCAGAUCCGGAUCCGGCAAUGGCGACGCCGCUGCCGCACUGAAAGUGGCUCUGAUCACCGGCAUAACUGGGCAGGACGGCUCCUACCUCACCGAAUUCCUCCUCGGCAAGGGCUACGAGGUCCACGGCCUCAUCCGCCGGUCCUCCAACUUCAACACCCAGCGGAUCAACCACAUCUACAUCGACCCACACAACGCCCACAAGGCCCGGAUGAAGCUCCACUACGCCGAUCUCACCGACGCCUCCUCCCUCCGCCGCUGGCUCGACACCAUCCGCCCCGACGAGGUCUACAACCUCGCCGCCCAGUCCCACGUCGCCGUCUCCUUCGAGAUCCCCGACUACACCGCCGACGUCGUCGCCACCGGCGCCCUCCGCCUCCUCGAGGCCGUCAGAUCUCACAUCCAGGACACGGGUCGGGCUCACAUCCGCUACUACCAGGCCGGAUCCUCCGAAAUGUUCGGAUCCACCCCGCCGCCGCAGUCCGAGGACACCCCCUUCCACCCCAGAUCCCCUUACGCCGCCUCCAAGGCGGCCGCCCACUGGUACACCGUCAAUUACAGGGAAGCCUACGGCCUCUACGCCUGCAAUGGGAUCUUGUUCAACCACGAAUCCCCCAGGCGUGGCGAGAAUUUCGUCACCAGGAAGAUCACCAGGGCCGUCGGCAGGAUCAAGGUCGGCCUCCAGAGCAAGCUGUACCUGGGGAAUCUCCAGGCGUCCAGGGAUUGGGGUUUCGCCGGCGACUACGUCGAGGCCAUGUGGUUGAUGCUGCAGCAGGAGAAGCCCGACGACUACGUGGUGGCGACCGAGGAGUCGCACUCUGUUCAGGAGUUCCUGGAGGUGGCGUUUGGGUAUGUGGGUCUGAAUUGGAACGAUCAUGUGGUGAUCGACAAGAGGUAUUUCAGGCCGGCAGAGGUGGAUAACUUGAAAGGCGACGCCGGCAAGGCGAAGCAGGUGCUGGGAUGGAAGCCCAAAGUUGGGUUCGAGAAGCUGGUGAAGAUGAUGGUGGAUGAAGAUGUUGAAUUGGCCAAGAGGGAGAAGGUGCUGGUGGAUGCUGGUUACAUGGAUGCCCAGCAGCAGCCUUGAGUUCCAUUUCGCCUACUUAUUUAUGGCUUCACAGAGUUGGGAGAGUAAUUUACAUUUGCCUUUGAGUUUUUAAAACUUGUACCUUUUGUUUCUUUGGUUUCCAGUGGUUUGAUUUUGUUUCACCAUUCUCAGAUUAAAUGGCAGUGAUAAAAAAAAAAAAGUUUCAGAUUCCACCUGUGUUCUGUCGUCAUUGCAUUGCUUCAUUUCUGCAAUGAGAGCCGUUGCUGGCAGUUUAUGAACAGAUAAAUGUGAAUGGUAGAUACGAUCUUGGUGGCAGUACAGUUUCCUUUCAAAUGAAACUCUUAUAUGGUUCAUACAGAGCAGACAGCCACUCACUGUACUAAAUACAUAGAAAAAGAAGCUGAAAAGACUUGGUCACAGUCUUCAAUUUUACCAUUUUCACUCUAGUUAGACAAUCUGUAUCCAUCUGAAUCCCCAAACAGAGUUCAUAAAUAAAUACGAUCAUCAACC